GAAGCACCUUGACAAACGAUGUAAUUCACUCAAACAGUCAAUUCGCUGAACGAAUCGUAAAUUCGUAUAAAUUAGGUAUUUCAUUCAUUAGCAUAAUUCCUAUCAACCGUACUUAUUAUUGUUCGAGCAUCGAAUACUUACACACUGUUGAUUUCAAUACGUGAAUUAUUAUUCGUCCGUAUAGGUACAUUAAAAGUGUAAAAACCUAGUGGCAAAGUGUUCUCGACUGAAUAUUUCGUGAUAGUUUUUUAUCGUACCUACACUGUGAUUUUUGAGAAAACCCCGAAAUGAGAACCAUAACGCCGGAAAUCUUCAACAUAACGACCGAGGGGAAACCGUGUCGAGAAUUUAUCCAUCCUUGGAGUCCCACUUGCACCCAAGGAAUAGUUGAAAUGGUCCUGUCGGCGAUCAAAGGCUCCGGUAAAUUUUCCUUAGCUUUACACACUUUACAGUUACUCAGCAAAGGUAAAAAUCUCACCAAACAACACGUCAAAUAUGUCGCAGAAUCGGCCAUCAGAAUGACGCUGUUGGGACCAGGUAUCGGAUUAAUAUUCGUUGGUAUCAGCUGCUUACAAAUAAAGCUGUGUGGCGGAUACGUUUACCAAAUAUGCAUGUCUGUGCCCGGAUUUUUCUCCGGAGCAGCCAUAUUUCUGAUGCAGAAGGCCAAAAGACACUACGUAAUUUCAGCUUUCAGCAGUGGCGCUUUAGAAACAUUUUUAACCUGUUACACGCCUUUGAAUGCCGGUCGCCAAUGCUACUUGAAAACCCAAACGUUUUUCUUCAUGGUGGUCAACGGAGCUUUCCUAUACUUAAUGAAACUAUGGAAGACCAACAAAGCUGAUAAAAUUCUACCAGAGAUAUGGUUUUAUUCACCUUCUGCGGAGAUAUCUGCGAAGAAGACGACCGAAGAUAGACGCAAAUCGAUAAGCUAUCAUCCUUGUAAUCAUUUGAAUUCGUGUUUUAGAAGCAUCCUCAAGGAAACCUCCAACUACUUUUGGUUUGGUACGAUUUUGGAAGUGCUCAGAAUCACCGUAUCAAAUUUCCGAACCAUGAUUCGUAAUCCCAGGACGAUAAUUAAAUUCAUAUUCAAAAAAUCCACUCUGAAAUUAGCCGCAUUUGCUAGUCUAUACGUAUUCUUGUACAAAGUUACCAACUGUUUGCAGUGUCGUUUGUCUGGUAAAGACGAUGCCACCAAUGCCCUAGUUUCGGGUUUUGUAUCAGGUUUAUCGUACUACAUUCAUCCGAAUUUAUCCUUGGCUCUAACGGCGUUCACUAAUUUGAUUCAUAUAAGCUGGAAAUAUUUCAACGUGAACCGAUACUUUGGAGAAUUUUCCACUAGCGAAGUAACAUUCAUGUUCGUAGUCGGAUUCCUGUUCCACUAUCGUAUGCGUGUUCCGGAUCGUUGCUCCAGGUUUUUCAUAAAUAUAAUCUCUCUGGCGACCAGUGGACGCUCCGACGAGAUGUUCGAAGCAUUCCUUAAUUCCAUACCUACAACGAUGAUCAGUUAGAGGAGAAGAGUAGCCCAGCUCAUCGUGCCUUUUCACGGUCAUUUUUCCACAAUAGCACGUACAUUUCGACCACGUGACGUCCAAUUAAAAAACCUCGACGACUUUUCCUCUUCAGUUAUACAACCUAUACUACACCCAGUUGCCCAUGGAAAGAUAACAAUACAUUCGAUAUUUUCAUAAAAUUAUAUUCCAGUCUUCCGUCUCCCGAAUCAAGAAACUCGUACUAUAGGUAUAGUCAUAAGUGCCACAGAUUUCUUCGGUUGUUUGUGCUCGAAUCGACGAACACAAAGCGUGUUAAUAGUUCAACAGCCUUGUAUCGUUGUGUACCAGUACACUGCGAUGACUAACCAUAAGACCAGUAUAUUAAAAAAAAAAAAAUGUACAGUACGAUUAAUUUUCAUCUACACACGUUAACAUAUGUACAUAGGUGUGCGUAUUCGGAGAAGGGGUCCGGCGACAGCGUCAACGUCACCAGAGAUCGUCGUCUCUACUACAACAGUGUGCAUAUAAAUUGUAAGUCCACAGGCUCCUAGACUGGACCAGCUAUACGCACUGCUUCUGUUCUCUUUCUCUUUUCAGCAUUCAGCUCUUUAGUCUUUAGUGAUCUCUCUCUCUCUCUAUCUGUGUAUAGGUUAGGUAUAGGUUUAGGUUUCUUUCUACACACAUGUAUACGAUAGAGAUAGAGAAUAAUAGCAUAGUAUACGAGUACCCCACGUAUAUCUAUAUUGUGAUAACGCCAAAACGCUAUUAUUAUUAUAACCGCGAGUAUAUCUCCCGACCAUUACAGUUACACCUAUUUACCCCGUCGGAACCUGUAGUUUUUUGUUGCUGUUCUCCUCGUCAUCGUCGUCUUCGUAGUACUAGUACUCGUAUGUACUUCGUAGUGUAGCUUUGCUUUGUGUAUCGAAGAAAGAAAUACACGAGUACACAGAAAGAAAACAGCUGUGCUGUGCGGUGUUUUCGAAACGGCGUGAUCGUUCGCGAAAUUGUUUUUUCGAAUUACUCGUAUAUUGUUCGUAUUUCUGUUUCUGAUUUAGUAUUUCUCAAUAUUGGUAUUAUUUUCUAAAUCAUAUUUUUUACUAUUAAUAAAUCGGUAUUUAUGUGCGAUUACUGAGAGUAGAAUUUUUCGAAACUUUUACGCUAAGAUAUAGCCUACGAUAAAAAAAAUUGUGUAAAUUUAACGCCGAGUGUUCGUAAUCAGUUUGUAAAUAAAGGAGGUAUUUUUACGCGAAUGGAAUCUUUCUGCGAUGCUUCGAAUAUGAUAGAUGGUAAGGUUUUUUGAAAGUUUUUUGUCAAUUUAUAUUUAUUUAUGUACUUAGUACCUCUACCUACCUACGUGUACGUAGAUAAUGUUAAGAAAAAUGGAAUAUUACUAGUUGAAAUCACUCUAAUCUAAUUGUUUUGAAUUUUUUCAUUUUUUAAUACUUACACCAAAUAAAAAUAUUGAAAAUUGAAAUUAUAAAUUUUUCAAAUCUAUUGCCGAUUUCACAUCCGUUUCAAUCCGCAAUACGAGUUGCAAUUACCUAUAUUCCACUUUCAAACUUGAUCUGGAGUCAUGUAUGUCAUGCCGAUGCUGCUUAAAAAAACAUUUUAAACAAAAAUUAACUGGAAAUUGAGUAAUUUACUCGAGAAAGCCCCCAAAAAAGGACGAUAAAAUCCAUCGAAAGGUGUGAGGGUAUUGUUGAAGGGGGGGACCUCUCGAAAAUAAUGUUAGGGUGCGAACAAUAAAACACAUUAGGUAACAUAAAUCAGGUUUCAAUUUCCGACACAUCGUUCCCCUCGUGCUUAACUCGUCGCAAAAAACUCUCAACCAAAAUUAGCGAUGAGAAGGGAGGGGGAGGGGAGAGAAAAGCUCAGAGAACAUCCAGACGUCUUAUCUCAAAAAAAAAAAAAAAAUCAAACUAGGAGAGGGGCCUUAAAAGGCCAUGAAGACCCGUACAUUUGAACGAGGAUGAGAUUUUUGCCCUACUAGGUGCUUGACAAAAUUUCAAAAUGAAAAAGCAGGAUUUUUGCAGGACUCUUGGCAGGGCAUUUUUCAAACAUUUUACCAACUUCUUUACAGGAGGGCAAAAUUUCAAAAUGAAAAAAUUGAAUUCUCGCAGGAUUCUUGGCAGGGCAUUUUUCAAACAUUUUAUCAACUUCUUUACGUAAGGGGGGGGGGGGGGGUUCCAACAUUUUACACUCAAUUUUUCGUUUUUUUAAGAAAAGUUUUUGAAAAUUUCAAAGAUUUUAUCGAGACUGGGGGGGGGGGCUCACAAUAUCUUUAUCAUUUCAAUUUUUCAUUCGGAACAGGAGGAAGGGAAGAGUCAAAAUUUUACACCAAAAAUUUUCACUUUUUCGGCGAUUGAUAUGGGGUAUUUAAAUAUUUUUUGAGGUGAGGGGGGGGGGGUGUGAGGGAGAGAGUUAUCAAUAUUUUUGCCAUCUUAAUUUUUUGUUUUUCAAAUUUUUCAACUUAAUUCAAGCUCUUUACAUGAAAUUCUCAUCAUAAGUAGGUGGUACUUUUUUUAACGGAAUUGUUUUGAAAAAAAAGGCGAAUUAAUAAAAGAAGAGAAGCGAAUUUUUGUAUUUUUCCUUCUGUUACCUGAAAUCUAUUUUUACAUGAAAUUUUCCCAUCAGUCAGGAGGGAAAUACAACGAAUUUAGAGGGAGAUAAAUUGAAAAUUCAAAGUCUUAUUUCAAAAAAGCAGAAUACAUCAACCAAAAGCAGUACAAAACUAGGAUUAGUAGGAUUUGCAGGACUGUCAGACACCCUGAAAGGGCAUGAUCUGAAGACCCAAUAUAUAACCAAAAUUUCAGCGACCUAAAUUGAUUUUUUUGGCUUUUGGCAAAUUUUUCAAAAUCCAAAAAAUCGACGAUGAUUUUUGAAAAUUAAUGUUGUUUUUUUUGUUAAUGAGUUCUGACGUUGAUAUCGACUACUUCAGACCGAAUCUCACCAUUUCCAGCCAUUCUGAAACCUCCAGUGCAAUCUUGGAUUAAAUCGGUUUUGGCUCAUUUUCAACCUGUUCAAAGAGAUGUCCACAAUAAGGAGCGAUUUCCAGGGAGUACAAUUCGAGUAUUUUUAAUCCAAAAUUGCAGUUGAAAAAAAACUCGUUAAUUGGGUCGAAGAUGGGCCAAACUUUGAUUAUUAGCUACCUGAGUCAAUUUUCGCAUCUUCUGGAGAAAUUCAAAAAUUCUGGAAAAUUUGAAAAUCGCACCAAAGACUCCACGAUAAUUGAAAAUGGUGCGAUUCCGUUAGAAAAGAGAGUCGAUAUUAGAUUCAAACCUGAUUUUCGUAUUUUUACUGGAAAAUUGGUAGAUAAGUUUCAAACAAAAAAAUACACCUAUUUCUUGAAAAAUUGUUAAUUUUUGGAUUGCUGAAAAUCAAUUUGAGGUGCUGAAAUUUGAAGUCAUGAGAGUGUUGAGAUCCUGCUUUGAAAAUUAGAAAAUUGAAUAACUCACAAAAUUUUCGCGGUAAUCGUUUUCAAACUUUCAAAAUUCAAAUAGAACCUUUUCAACUUUUGUAUUUUUCAUAAAAAGUUGAGCUUUCAUUGCAGAAGUUCCUCUUACAUCUACUCUACUCUACUCUUAUUAAAAUUCUUCCAAUAGACUGGUUCCAGAAGUUCAACCAACAAUCUCGCUUUCGAUAAGACACUUCUUCAAAGUUCAGUCCCAUCCCCCUCCCCCUCUUCCCUCUCCAUCAAGUUGAAAAUAACGAAGAAAAUUAUGAAGGUUAUUCUAUUUGACAUUUGAAAAACGAAGAAAGCUUGUAAAAAAAUCAAAGUGAAAUCGCAGAACCUCACAAUAUUUUUGGAUCAAGCUGAUGUGAAAUAAAUUAAUGCUUCGUUUUGAAAAUAUCUCACCUAAUUUUGAUUAAAAAUAAAAAAUAAAAUCGUCUAGACGGCGUGUGACAAACUCACUAAAUUUUUAAGCAUUCCCAUUCGAAUGAGAAUUCCUUUUUUGGCUCAUCAAUAAUCGAGUUAGGGUGGCUCUUUCAUAGUCGUGGAAAAUUUGUUUGCAAUUUUUUACCACCAAUUCUCCAACCCUCCCCUCCACAAAUUACCGGUUUUUAUGAGAGGAGGGGGGGGGGGAACACCGUGAAAACUUGGAGCAUUCAACCAGAAGAAAAAUAAUCAAAAAAUGAAAAAAAAUCAAAUUCACUCAAAAGUUUCUCAUUUUUGCGCCAGAAUUCUUCCAAAUGAUCCCUCGAGUUUUUCAACAAAAAAAAAAAAAAAUUGUCGGCCCCUCAAACAAACUU